CUGCAACGCCCCCGCGACCUUUUAGCGGGCCAUGAACAUAGCUUUUCAUAAUUUCGUGAGAAAGACUCUUUUGGCGCAGAGCAUCAUCAACUACUGCGUGAUUGUGUACAUGGAUGAUAUCUUGGUGUAUUCGAGUUCCUACGAGGGACACGUGCAGCACAUCGAAUGGGCACUGCACGCGUUACGAGAUGCGGGCUUCAAGGUGACGUGGACGCAGACCGGCGAGCAUCCUGCGUGGAUCGAAAAUCCGGAGUUGCUGAUCAUCCAAGCUUGGAGGACUAACGUGGAGGGCGAUCUUCUUGGCUUUCUCUUCGGAUUGGUACAGCCGGGGCGCCGCCAGCUGAUUGCACAGGAGCUCAUCGCGCCGAUCGUGCAAUUGGCGGACGAUCUCUCUCCCGACAUCUAUUCACAGAGUGACGACAAUCCUGCUCCGCACGUUCUCGAGCGGUCAUUGGAUCCAUAUCUUCAGUGGACUGCGUGCUUGGAGGAUCCCAGGGACGAAGAUACGCAGUCGUCGCGGCAGGAGUAUCUGAAGCCGUACGAUAUCAUCCCUCACACCUUCUAUCCGAGGGCAGAGGAAGUGGUGAUCGACGACGACGACGAAGAGGACGAAGACGAGGAAACAUCGGAGGAGGGAAGCUAUAGUGAAUAUAGCGAGGGCGAGUUGAGCGAAGGAGAAGAGGAGGAAGAAGAAACCGGAUCUGAGUGGGAAGCCUUGUCGGAGGAAGCGACGCGCAUGGGAACGGAGGUGGAAGAUCCGGAAGCGGCGAGAAAGCGUGAAGAAAUUGCCACCGGGAAGCGCCAGCUGGAGUUCGCCAGCGAAGCCAGCCUGCGCAUCGGUAACAAUCCGACCAGGGAUCCAGAGCCGCCGAAGCCCGAAGAUGGCGACCCUGCAGCCGCCACCUCAAGUACCGCGCGACGGAGACGGAGCCGAUCUUCCUCCUCCCCCAGCCCCACCUGUCCCUCAGUUCGCCCACGUACAGAUGCGGGCGAUAGGCCUUCGUCCUCGGAUGCUAUCCCGCCGACCCCUUGAUUUUCUCACCCUCGAACAGAUCCGCACCCCCGUCACCUUCCCUCCUCAUCCCUUCCUCCCCCAUCUCUUCCGCGACUUCUACUCUACCCGCCUACUCGC